AUGGGGCUGAUCCCCGUGCCCGAAAUGAUGCUGUGCCCUUGGGGUGCCCGGGGAGAGGGGAAAAAACCUAAAAUGAGACCACGCCGGCAGCGGCACCCACUCACCUGCGGCACCGACUCGUGGGGGGCCGUGCUGGGGUGCGGGCAGGCAGCCCCCACGGAGCCCAUGGGAUCUCACAGCACCCCGGCGGGCAGCACGGCUGGAAACACCUCAGUGGCACCAGGUCACGGCACGCUGCGGCUGGUGGGUGGCCGGAGCCGGUGUGAGGGCCGGGUGGAGAUGGAGCAGGCGGGUACCUGGGGCACGGUGUGUGACGAUGCCUGGGACCUGGCCGACGCCAACGUCGUGUGCCGGCAGCUGCAGUGCGGCUGGGCCGUGCGUGUCUACAGAGAUGCCGCCUUCGGCCGGGGCAGCGGACCCAUCCUGCGGGAUGAGGUGGGCUGCGAGGGGCACGAGAAGCAUCUCUGGGACUGCCCGGCCGUGCUGGAGCACGACUGCAGCCACAAGGAAGACGCUGGCGUGAUGUGCUCAGAGCACCAGGAGUGGCGGCUUUCCGGGGGCCGGGACAAUUGUUCCGGCCGGGUCGAGGUCUUCUUCCGCGGCACAUGGAGCACGGUGUGUGACAACUCGUGGUACGAUCUGGAGGCGACCACGCUGUGCCACACGCUGGGCUGUGGGGACCCCCUCCAGCACCUCUCCUUUGGCCACACGCUGCCCAGCAGGAUGCACUACCAGUGCGACAGCCAGGAGCCAUCGCUGGCCCACUGCCGGUGGACCUACAAUAAAUCAGCUCCCUGCCACCAGUCCCAGGCGGCUGGGGUGGUCUGCAAUGGCUCCCAGGGCUUGCAGACACCAACCCCGAUGGCCACGGUGACACCGACCAAUGUCACGCUCCUGAGAGCCGAGAACUCCCCAGCUGCGGCGGCGCAGUCCCUUCUGCACAUGCCCCUCUUCAUCCUCUGCCUGGUCCUGGCAGCACUGCUCCUGCUCACCGUGCUGGCCUUCACCGCUACCCUGCUGAGGGUGAGGAAGAUGAGCGCCCACACCAUGUCCUCCCUCGGGCUAGCUGGGCCGAUCCUGGUGACCCACAGCUCUCAGAGCCCUGACGUGCCCUCUGGGACCUCCAACGACUAUAGGGAGGUGCUCCCCAGCCUUCCCAAAGGACCAGACCCACCAGUCACAGCCCCUCCCGCUGCCAAGGACUCUGACUCCGACUCCGACUACGAACACUACGAUUUCAGCAGCAAGCCUCCCGUGGCCCUCUCCACCUUCUGCAACUCGCUGCGCCGACAGCCCGGGGAGCAGCUGCUUCCUCUGGUGCCCAGACAGGAUGGGAUGGAGCCAUUCCCCGCAGAGGUGCCGGCCAGGCUGGGCCCCCCAUCCCACCGCAGGACGAGCAGCUCCUCCACCUCCUCCUCCACCGAGCCCUAUUGCAAUGACAGCGCGCCCACCCCGCACGCCUGGGUCUGCCCGCCGCCCUCCACCGACAGCACCCACUGGCAUGCAGCACCCACCGCCCCCGGCUACACCGGCUGCCCUGGCACAGCUCCUCCAGCAAUGCCCUGCGUGCCCACCCCAGUGCUCUCCCACCCAUGGGUACCUGUGCCUCCAGCAGACCCUGAUCCCGCCGACAGCUCCAGCACCUCCUCGGGGGAGUGGUACGAGAAUGUGCAGGGCGUGGAGCCGCCCAGGGACCCGUCCCCACACCCCGCGCUCCCUGCCCGGCUCUGCCUGACCGGCUCUCCCUUGCAGGCUGGCCAGCUCCGUCGUGCUCCUUGGAGGGACACAGGGGACCCCCGCAGGACCCCGACUCCUCUGAGGGCAGCGACUAUGAUGACAUCCAGGACUCUGCCUAUUGAGGCUGCCCGAGCCACAGACCGAGGGGCAUGGCAGGGGGCACCUGGCACUGCGUGCAGCCGAGGACUCGCCAUCCCGCUGCUGACAUCGCCUCUGGACUCCUCCGGCCGUCUCCCCCAUGCCAGGGCACGGGCACUGGUCCCAGCAGCACCUGGGGGAUGCUCGGCGCAGGCGAGAUGUGCUGGGCUGCGUGCUGCGAUUAAAAGCUUUUCCCAGCAGGUUGCCGUGUCCCUCGGCCGUAGAGGUGGCUGA